AUGUCCGAUGAAGAGGUCCCGUCCACCUCCCGGGAACCUGAACACGAAUCGGAAGAGAAGGAGGAUCUUCCGUUCGUGCUCAAGCCGCCCCCCAAGGCAGCAACCAAGGUGGAAGGAGAAGUCGACCCAGAGUAUGAGGAAAAAAGGAAAACGGAUCGGGCGAACAGGUUCGAGUUUCUGCUGAAGCAGACGGAGCUGUUCGCCCACUUCAUCCAGCCCGCGUCCCACAAGUCUCCCACGUCUCCGCUGAAGGUCAAGCUGGGGCGCCCUCGCGUGAAGCAGAAUGAGAAACAGAACCUUCUGUCCGUCGGAGAUAACCGCCACCGACGUACCGAGCAAGAGGAAGAUGAGGAGCUGUUGUCUGAGAGCAGGAAGGCUGCUAAUGUCCUGGUUCGAUUUGAGGAGUCACCAUCCUAUGUGAAAAACGGAGCGCUGAGAGAUUACCAAAUUCGAGGGCUCAACUGGAUGAUCUCCCUCUACGAAAACGGCAUUAAUGGAAUCCUCGCCGACGAAAUGGGUUUGGGGAAGACCCUUCAGACCAUCGCCCUCCUGGGGUAUCUGAAGCACUACCGGAACAUUCCGGGGCCUCACAUGGUCCUGGUCCCCAAGUCGACGCUGCACAACUGGAUGAACGAGUUCAAGCGCUGGGUGCCGUCCCUCAAAGCCGUCUGUCUCAUUGGAGACAAAGACGCCAGAGCGGCCUUUAUCCGGGACGUCAUGAUGCCCGGCGAGUGGGACGUGUGCGUCACGUCUUACGAGAUGGUCAUCAGAGAGAAGUGCGUCUUCAAGAAGUUCAACUGGAGAUACCUGGUCAUAGACGAAGCUCACAGGAUCAAAAACGAGAAGUCCAAGUUGUCUGAAAUUGUCCGCGAGUUUAAGACCACCAACCGGCUCCUGCUGACAGGAACCCCGCUGCAGAACAAUCUCCACGAGCUGUGGUCCCUGCUCAACUUCCUCCUGCCGGACGUCUUCAACUCCGCAAACGACUUUGAUUCGUGGUUUGACACAAACAACUGUCUGGGGGACCAGAAGCUGGUGGAGCGCCUGCACGCGGUGCUGAGGCCCUUCCUGCUCCGCCGCAUUAAAGCCGACGUGGAGAAGAGCCUGCCGCCCAAAAAAGAGGUCAAGAUAUACCUGGGGCUCAGCAAAAUGCAGCGAGAAUGGUACACAAAGAUACUGAUGAAGGACAUUGACAUUCUCAACUCGGCUGGGAAGAUGGACAAGAUGCGGCUGCUGAACAUCUUGAUGCAGCUUCGGAAGUGCUGCAACCACCCAUAUCUCUUCGAUGGGGCGGAGCCCGGCCCCCCCUACACCACCGACACGCACCUGGUCACCAACAGUGGCAAAAUGGUUGCCCUGGACAAACUGCUCCCCAAAGUCAAGGAGCAAGGGUCCAGAGUGCUCAUCUUCAGCCAGAUGACCCGAGUCCUGGACAUCUUGGAGGAUUACUGCAUGUGGAGAGGCUAUGAGUACUGUCGUCUGGAUGGGAACACCCCCCAUGAAGCCAGAGAGCAAGCGAUAGACACCUACAACGCUCCGAACAGCACCAAGUUCAUCUUUAUGCUGAGCACCCGAGCAGGAGGUCUCGGCAUCAAUCUGGCAACCGCCGACGUCGUCAUCCUGUAUGAUUCUGACUGGAACCCGCAAGUAGACCUGCAGGCGAUGGAUCGCGCCCACCGGAUUGGCCAGAAGAAAACCGUACGCGUGUUUCGCCUGAUCACCGACAACACGGUCGAAGAGAGGAUUGUGGAGCGGGCCGAAAUGAAACUGCGAUUGGACUCCAUCGUUAUUCAGCAAGGGAGGCUGAUUGACCAGCAGUCCAGCAAGCUCGCCAAGGACGAGAUGCUGCAGAUGAUCCGCCAUGGCGCCACGCACGUCUUCGCCUCCAAGGACAGCGAGCUGACGGAUGAGGACAUCAACACCAUCCUGGAGAGGGGUGCGAAGAAGACCGCCGAGAUGAACGAACGGCUGCAGAAGCUGGGAGAAAGUUCUCUGAGGAACUUCACGGUGGACACCGGCACCGUGGAAACCAGCCUCUACAAUUUUGAAGGCGAGGACUACAGGGAAAAGCAGAAGCUCAGCAUGAUGGAAUGGAUCGAGCCUCCCAAAAGGGAGAGGAAAGCCAAUUACGCGGUGGACGCGUAUUUCAGAGAAGCCCUGCGAGUCAGCGAGCCCAGGGCUCCGAAGGCGCCGCGUCCCCCGAAGCAGCCCAACAUCCAGGACUUCCAGUUCUUCCCCCCGCGCCUGUUCGAGCUGCUGGAGAUGGAGAUCCUGCACUACAGGAAGACCAUUGGCUACAAGGUUCCCCGGACCCCCGACAUCCCCAACGCGGCGCAGGUGCAGAAGGAGGAGCAGAGGAAGAUCGACGAGGCGGAGCCCCUCUCUCCCGAAGAGACGGAGGAGAAGGAGAAGCUCCUCACACAGGGGUUCACAAGCUGGAACAAGCGUGACUUCAAUCAGUUCAUAAAAGCCAAUGAGAAAUAUGGCCGGGACGACAUCGACAACAUCGCCCGCGAAGUAGAAGGGAAGAGCCCGGAAGAAGUCAUAGAAUAUUCCGCUGUUUUCUGGGAGAGGUGCAAUGAGCUCCAGGACAUUGAGAAGAUCAUGGCUCAGAUUGAGCGCGGUGAAGCUCGAAUCCAGAGGAGAAUCAGCAUCAAGAAAGCUCUGGACGUCAAGAUCGCACGUUACAAGGCCCCGUUUCACCAGCUGCGAAUACAGUACGGCACCAGCAAAGGGAAGAACUACACCGAGGAGGAGGACCGCUUCCUGAUCUGCAUGCUGCACAAGAUGGGCUUCGACAAGGAGAACGUGUACGAGGAGCUGCGCCAGUGCGUGCGCAACGCGCCCCAGUUCCGAUUCGACUGGUUCAUAAAGUCCCGCACCGCCAUGGAGCUUCAGAGACGCUGCAACACGCUCAUCUCGCUGAUCGAGAAGGAGAACAUGGAGAUCGAGGAGAAGGAGCGCGCCGAGAAAAAGAAGAGGGCCCCAAAAUCUCAAACGGUGCAGAAAAGGAAGGCGGACGCCUCUUCGGAGUCGGCGGGACGCAAGGACAAGAAAGUGAAGACCUGAAGGGGGGUCCCCAUGCUCCGCGUUACCAUCACCAGUCAAACGACCAGCUUUCAUGCCAAAUGCGUUACGUUUCAGUAUAGACCCGUGGUGCGAAUUGUGGUGGAAAUGAGUUGCUACUUAUGAUUCUAACUCCAUUUUAUAAUACUUUGGUUGCAAUUGUUCGAUGCACUUUGAAACUUUAUAAUUAGUGUCCGUUGAAUGGUUUUUAUUGUCCCAUGUCCUGUUAGGGUUAGCAUGCUAAGACGAGGGCCUUUGUAUGCCUGUGUUUUUACUCUUUUUUGACAUAUCAGAAAUGGCUUGGAAGCUAUAUGCUAGAGGAAUUAUGUUUUGGGGCAGAGGGGGUGGGGUGGUUUUGGAUUUAUCAGUUGUCCUUUGAUUGUUAUGUAUAUAGCCCAUUGCUUUGCACAUACCUUUAGCACUUUCCUUUACUUAAAAAAGUGCAUUUUACUGAUGCAGUCCAGCUAUUUUCCAUAUAUAUAUUUUAAACUCUCAAAUGUGGUUUAGUGUUUCAUUUGUUGUAAUGAUCAGUUCAGUAUUAUUAAACAAACAUAAAAGUUUGUGGUGUUCUCACAGUG